AUGAGAGGAAAUGGGAAAAGAAAUGUUGAGAAUGCGGCUGAGUUUAUGUAUGUUCUCCCUAUUGCAGUUAAAGCUUUUGAAAUGGAGAUUAUACCUGCUAACAGAAUUGCUGCACAGAUCGGAGAAACACUCAUACUCACAUGCAAUACUACUGGCUGUGCAUCACCAAGUUUUUCCUGGAGAACCCAGAUGGACAACCCCCUUGGAGGAACAGUGAACAACCAUAGGACAUACUCUACCUUGACUAUGGAUCCAGUUAGCAUUGUGAAUUCUCAUGAUUAUCUGUGUACUGUCUUCUGUGGUGAGAAAGAGAAAAAAGAGAAGAGUAUCAAAGUUGAACUUUACUCUUUCCCCAGUGAUCCUAUCAUUGAGAUCAGCCCAUCCUUAGUUGCUGGAGAACCAGUCACUGUCACCUGUAAAAUUCCUGAUGUGUAUCCUUCCGAUCACCUGGAAGUACUCCUAAAGAAAGAGGAACAUGUUCUUCAUGAGAAAAAUUUUUAUGAAGAUGCCAGCACAAAUACAGAAACCAAAACUGUGACGUAUUUAUUUAAUCCCAUUGCUGAAGAUCUUGGGAAAGAGAUUACCUGUGUGGCCAAGUUAUCAAUUGCUAAUAUGGACUUUGAACCCAAAGAAAGAGUAAAUUCUCAGAAACUGAAUGCAACCCUUGGUCCACAAAAUACUAUCAUUACUGCAUCUCCAGGCAACUCGCCAAUGGAAGGAGACCCGCUAAAACUCACUUGUGUGACUGAGAGUAAUCCACCACCACAAAUAGUUUGGAGAAAACAUCUGGCUGAUGAAAGCAUUGAGCAUCUGAUAGAAAACAAUGUCCUUUCUAUUCCCCAUGCCCGUUUCACUGAUUCAGGACUGUACAUCUGUGAAGUAACGAAUCUGGUAACUAAUAAAACAGAGAAAGCAACUGUGGACAUUGUAAUACAAGGUGCUCCAAACAUUGCAGAAUUCUCCAUUGAGCCUUCUACAAUAGUUCAAGAAGGAGAAAAUGUUUCCAUACAAUGUUUUGCUGAGAGUAACCCUCCUCCCAAGAUUAUUUUAAGGAGGAAAUCUGACAGUGUAGACAUGGGGCCUUACAGUGAGGGGAGAACUCUCCUUCUUCCAUCUGUGACGUUCCUAAAUGGAGGAGACUAUGAAUGCGUAGCAGAAAAUAAGUUUGGGAAAAGUAAAAGUGAAAUAACACUGAAUGUGGAAUAUGGACCAAAGAACACAAUGAUCUCUGUUAUCCCUGCUACUGCUGUUAAAGAAGGAGAAACUGUGAUGAUGAAAUGUAUUAGUUCUGGUAAUCCAGAUCCAGUGAUCUCUUGGAAGAAAAAGAAGGCCACUGGGGAGACUGAGAAAAUUUUCAAAGAUGCAACUUUAACUAUACAGAACAUAAAAAGUCAAGAUAUGGGGCUUUAUGAAUGUGAAGCUUAUAACCAGUUUGGCAAAGAAGAAAAAGCUGUGAAAUUAAUUGUUCAAGGAAGAUUGGAAAAAACAGAUCAAAUGAUACCACUGAUUAUUGCGUUCUCCUGUGUAACAGCAAUAGCAGUACCUGUAGUUGCAAUUUUGAUUUACGUGUCAAGAAAAGCAAAGAUAAAUGGAUCCUACAGUCUUGUAAAAGCACUCAGGCUGAAAGUGUGAUAGCAUGGUUAUAAGUCUCAGUUCAUAAUAAGCAAUGUUAUUUAUUGUUGUGACUGGUUCUACUCUACUAUAACAUAUGGUAACAAGUGGCUUUAGAACACCACCAUAUGAUAGCAAAUGGAUUUUUUUUUCAUGUUUUGAUAAGUAUUUCAGUAUUUAAAUUAAAGGGAAAGCUAGCAUCCU